UUCCGUUCCCUACCAAAAUUCCGCAUAUCCCUCUCUCUCUCUCUCUCUUCCACUGGGUUCAAAAAAGACAAGGAUUCGCAUCCAAAUCGCACUCCCAUUAUACUAUAUACUACCGACGGCCUCGCACUAGGCUCGCCAAUCGCCAUCUCCACUUUCCUUGCCCACAACAAGAUUCCUCUUCCCCGGCAUAGUGAUACCUCUCUCUGUUUCUCAUAGGAAGGAGAAGUUAAAAGCGUGUUUUCUUUUUUUUCGGGGGAAACGAAGAUGUCGAAAGCUGGUGCAUUGGAUCUUGCUUCCGGUCUCGGUGGGAAGAUCGAGAAGAAGGAAGUUCUUUCCGCCGUCGAGCAGUAUGAGAAGUACCACAACUUGUAUGGAGGUGCUAAUGAGGACAGGAAAUCUAACUACACUGACAUGGUUAAUAAAUAUUAUGACCUUGCAACUAGCUUUUACGAGUUUGGCUGGGGAGAAUCUUUCCAUUUUGCCCACAGGUUCAAUGGUGAAUCUCUUCGGGAGAGCAUCAAGCGGCAUGAGCACUUCCUUGGCCUGCAACUUGGCUUGAAACCUGGACAAAAGGUGUUGGAUGUUGGAUGUGGAAUUGGUGGACCACUGAGAGAAAUUUCUAGGUUCAGCUUAGUAUCAGUGACAGGGUUGAACAACAAUGAAUAUCAGAUAUCACGAGGAAAGGAACUAAACCGCAUUGCAGGAGUGGACAAGACAUGUGAUUUUGUUAAGGCUGACUUCAUGAAAAUGCCAAUCCCAGAUAACAGCUACGACGCAGUGUAUGCAAUUGAAGCCACCUGCCAUGCACCUGAUGCGUAUGGAUGCUACAGCGAGAUUUACAGAGUAUUGAAACCUGGCCAGUGUUUUGCUGCUUAUGAAUGGUGCAUGACGGAUGCUUAUAAUUCAGAAAACAAAGAACACAACAAAAUUAAGGCAGAAAUAGAGAUUGGUGAUGGCCUUCCUGACAUUAGGUCAACGACACAGUGCAUCGAGGCGCUGCAAAAGGCUGGUUUUGAGGCAAGUCAUAGACCUUCCCUCCCCUCCCCUCCCCAAACCCUUCUCCCUCUUUUUUCUUCUGUUAUAUGGUCAAAGGAUCUUGCAAAAGACUCACCUAUACCGUGGUACUUGCCCUUGGACAAAAGUCACUUCUCGCUGAGCAGCUUCCGUUUGACUGCUGCCGGAAGAUUCUUCACUAAAAAUCUGGUGAAGGCCCUCGAGUAUGUAGGACUUGCUCCAAAAGGAAGUCAAAGGGUUCAAGAUUUUCUUGAGAAGGCUGCUGAGGGAUUGGUCGAUGGUGGAAAGAAAGAGAUAUUCACACCAAUGUUCUUCUUCUUGGCUCGUAAGCCGCACUCAGGGGAUCACUAAAAAAAUGUGGGUAGUUUUAUGUGCUCGGCAGCUAGCUUACUCUCUGUUGGGCAAUGAACAGAAGCUCACUCCGAGUUUUGUAUUUCCCGCUCUCUUUGGAACAGUUUCAUUAUACUGCAUGUGUUAUCAGUGUUCAGUCUUAGCGUCGUUAAGCGAGACUCAUCAGCUUUCUUUCUCGACUAACGUAGACUGGCGCUAGCUUUCUGGUUCUCAGGAAUCGAUCAUUCCAACCUAUUUUAGCCUGUGCUAGUUAAGAUCUAACUGCCUCGAUCUUAUGGGACGAGCUACAUUCCCAUGAUAAAGGUUUUGCAUUUAUGGUCGUUCGAUUGCCGAGCUCAAUGUUUGAAUGCAGGGUGUGACUGAGAGUUAAUUGUUGAGCAUUUUCUUCAAGCACAUAGAUAGAAAGAAAUUAUAGUCGAUC